UGUCGGAAAGUAUAUCUCUCUCUCUCUCUCUCACUCAUUUAUUCAUGCGCGUGGGGGCCACUGUCUUCCCCCUCUCCAUGCUCAAAUAUCAGCCCUCCCGUACGACCAUCAGAGCUUUGGCUUCUUGACGGGGACGUUUCUAACUUAUCUUUUGCUCUCCAUUCCUUUCCAUUUAAUCCCUCCUCUCUUCACUCUUUUAUUCUUUCUCUCUCCUCUUAUUCUCUCUACCUCUCUAUAUGAAUAUCUAUUCGAUCGAGUCAAUACUUUCGUAUCCCCUUCCAAAAAAAUUUCAAAAGCCACACUACGCUUCCUUUCCCCAAAAGCCCUAGCCCACCUCUUUCUAAGGUCUACGCUUAUUAACUUUGCUCAUCGCUUUCUCUCUCACCAACUAAUUGGAAAUUUUUUUCCCAAGAGGGACCUCAAAUAAUAGUUGUUAUGGAUGAUGAAGACAAAUUGAAAUCCGAUCUAGGAACCGGAGGAGGACCAGUGACUCAGUUUGGGAGCCAGUCGAGCUGGACUCACUUCGGAGGCCUAGACUCGGACGACGGAGGGUAUUUCAUCUCUGCCGCUGAUAGAGAGACCAGCUUACUGAGCGAGUUCGGUUGGAAUUUUCACACGGAGGAUGACGAUCAGCUACGCGGAGCUACAGAGCAAGAGCGGGCUCGGGAGUUAGAGAGGAGAACAACGGCAGAUUUGGCAGAGAGCAGUACUGUCACCGAAAGGGCGGCUCGGAUCGGGUCAACGACGUCAAAUAAUCCGUCGGUGUCUUCGAGCUCUAGCGAGGAUCCAACAGAAAAGUCUACUGGCUCCGAUGAAAAGCCGCCACCCGAUCAGAUUCCUAACAACAAAGUGAAAAAGAAAGGGCAGAAGCGAAUCCGUCAGCCCCGGUUUGCGUUUAUGACUAAAAGCGAAGUUGACCAUCUUGAAGAUGGCUACCGUUGGCGAAAAUAUGGACAGAAAGCUGUCAAAAAUAGUCCAUUCCCAAGAAGCUACUAUCGGUGCACGAAUAGCAAAUGCACUGUGAAGAAAAGGGUGGAGCGAUCUUCUGAAGAUCCCACAACUGUAAUCACAACAUACGAAGGCCAACAUUGUCAUCACACAGUAGGAUUUCCUAGAGGUGGAAUCCUGGCUCAUCAUGAACUUGCUUCCUUUCCCGGAAGCCACUUACCACCGCCCAAAUUCUAUUAUCCAGCAAUUGAUUCUACUCCAUCCUUGAACACAGAAAGUAGUGAUAAUAAUACUUAUAAUUACAAUAAUAAUCCUGAUGUAACUACCAAUAAUUUGAUUGAUCAUCAGUCAAAUCAAGUAGUAACCAGUGUAGCUGGAGACUCUGGGCAUAUAAUAUUAAUGAAAGAGCCAUCAAGUACUACUUCACAACAGGUUUCCGCUGAUCAGGGAUUGCUUGGAGAUAUUGUGCCUCCUGGAAUGCGAAAUAGGUGAUGCUCACAUUCAUAUUAGUAUAUAUAUAUAUAUAAUAAGGUAAUAAUUAUUAUUAGCUAGUUUGGACACAUAAUAUGGCACUAAUUAGUUAUAACAGUUGUCACAGCUAUGAUCUCCAUUUAUGUAAAUAUAGUAAUUAAAACUAGAUAUAUAUUGAUAUCUUAAUUAACUCAUAAUCAUCAUGAUAAUCAAUAUUGAUUAUUAACAAUUAAACCUUUAUUAUAAUAUAUAUGUACACGAAUGACUGGCAAGUGGAUCAUGUAUAUCACUUAUAUAGGCUGUCUAUGAAAAAAUAUAUAUGAGCAUUGAUGAGACAGUAAUAGUAAGAGUAAUGAUAAUUGGUUACAUUAUGGUAGGGCAGCGGCCUAAUUGUGAUGUGAACUGUAUAAUAGCUAAUUGUUUCCUUGUGGUGACAUCGCAUCAUUACCAACAUCCUGUAGUUCUCAUUGGCUAGAAACGUAUCAGCUACUGUGACUAGUGAUCUAGAGUGCUUUGUGGACUAUAUAUCUUAUCUUUGAUUAUUAUUAUUGCUCACUUUGUUAUAGUUUGCUUAUAUAUUAUAUAUAUGUAUAUCCCAACAGCUUUUACUAUUCAUCAAUUUUAUUUUC